AUGGGAUAUCAAUCAAAUUGGUGUGGAAACCCUAUUCUAUGUAUUCUACCAAUCUAUGUUUUCCAGCCCUUAAUCGACUUAUGGUCUCAUCACUCCGAGAUCUAUGGUGGAACUGUUAGAUGCGGUACAUCAAAUGAAACGAAUCCGGUUUUUGAGUUGGGAAAGUUGGGAUCUCUGGUAAGUCCGAUUUUUUGGUUCAUUUUGCAACAAUGUGAUGUUUCAUUCUAUUUUGGUCGUCCUUUGAGGUGGAAUCCAAGUUUCACAGGUGCAGACACUUAUGUUGUUGCCGAUACAGAGAAACUCUUUCAUCAAUGA